GGCCCUUAUUCCUGACUCGGAACCCGACUCAGCUUCCCCCAACCCUAUAUUGUUGAAGCAAAGCAACAAACACAGAGAUACAGAGCAUAGCAGAGCUGAGAGACAUUGAAACAAGGGACAUUAUAGAGAGCGUCGCGGCCAAUUUUCUUUGCAGAUUAAACCUUCGUAUUUUGGGGUUUUUGAGCUUUUCUCCUCUAUAUUUUUCAAUUUUUUUCCCCUUUGUUGAGGGUUUUUACUUUCGUAUGUACGGGGAAAACAGGGGAGGAAUUGGAUUGUAAUUAAUGGAUGAGAUCUGGGAGAGAGCGGUAGAGACUGCGUUAGACGGCCAAACGGACAUCGUUUCUGUCAGGACGUUAACCCUUGACGGCGUCGUUAAGUGCGUUCACGGCCGUUUGCCCCCGCCGUCGCUGUUCGAGAAGUUUCGCAACCUUCAACACCUUUCCAUCGCAAACAUCGGCGUUUCCUCGCUUGAACAGUUUCCCCGGCUUCAAAACCUCCAGAAAUUAAUCCUCUCGGACAACCGUAUAGCUGGGGGCCUCGAAUUUCUCGUCGAAGCUGGCCUUAACUCGCUCAGGGAUCUCGAUUUAUCCAAUAAUCGCAUCCAGGAUAUCAAUGACCUAAGACCUUUGGCGGAGCUCCGGCUGGUUUCCUUGGAUCUUUACGAGUGUCCCGUUACUAGGGUUAAGGACUAUCGAUCUCGGGUUUUUGGUCUAAUUAAGUCGUUGAAAUAUUUAGAUAAGAUGGAUGCGGAAGAGAAUGAGAGGCCUGAAUCUGACGAGGAGGAGGAGGAGGAGGAUGAAGAAGACGAGGAGGAUGACCCUGGAAGCGGGGAAGUCGAUGGUGAUGGAGAGGAUGGGUCAUUUAGGAUGAAUAAUGGGCAUGCCGCUGGAAACGAUGGGAUUGUCGAUGUGGAUGAGGAUGAGGAGAGCGAUGCUGAUGAGGAGGAGACUGAGACUUCCAGAGGUGGGGUGAAUGGGGUAUCCAGACAAGGUGGAGCGUUACAUCAUCAUUCUAAUGGAUAUAGUGGUGAUGGGUUAGAUGGAGAAGAAGAUGACGAGGAUGAUGAUGAUUUUGAGGGAGAGGGUGACGGUGAGGGUGAAGACGAAGAUGAUAAUGAUUCUGUUGAGGGAGUUGAUGAAGAUGAUGGUGAAGAGGAGGAUGUAGUUGAGGUUCAUGAGAUUGAAGACAGUAGUGAUGAAGAUGGAGUGGAAGAUGAUGAUGACGAGGAGGAUGAUGAGGAUGAAGAUGAAGAGGAAGUGGAUAAUGAGGAGCGAGAUCCUGGGGAACCAGGGAGUACUGGGAGGUUAACGAGUACAGAAGGAGAGAUUGAUGGCCAUGAGCAGGGUGAAGAAGAUGUGGAUGAGGAUGAUAAUGGAGAGACCGGUGAGGAAGAACAGGGUGUUGAGGAGGAUGAGGGUGAAUUCGAGGAUGAAGAAGAGGAAGAGGAUUACGGGGAAGGUUUUCUGGUUCAGCCAGUUGGGCCUGUGGAGAUAGAUGGCGGUGGUGGUAGUGAUAUGGAACCAGUGAAUGAAGAUAAUGAUGAUGAUGAUGCCGAACUGGAGGAAGAAGUUGAGGAUGAAGACGAGGAUGAUGAAGAUGGUGAAGUACAAGAGGUGCCCCCAUCUACUUCUCAGAAGAGGAAGAGAGAUGACGACGACGAUGAUGAUGGGGAUGAUGAUGAUGAUGUUGUGGAGCAUAGCAGCAAGUCAACGAGACGUGGUUAGUAAUGAAUGGUGGGAGCUGGGAAGAGCAAAAAAAGGGUAUUUGGUCUCUCUUAUGUAGUUUUUCUUAGAGUGAAACAGGAAUGGUGGAAGUGAUUGAAGUAGGAUGGUUUUGCAGACUGGUAGUAUAAGUUAAAACCUUGGAUAUAUAUUUUGCCUUGACAGUUGAAAGAAAAAUUUUCGGAGGGAAAUUUGUAAGAAUUGGAUGAUGGGUAUAGUUUUUAUGUUUUAAAAGGUCGUUAGUUCUCAGAGUUUCAUGUGGGUUCCCGCUUUUUGAUAUGUUUGCCUUGCCUGUAGCUCUCUAGCCGUUAAAUGAUCUUUUUGAUUCAAAUGGAAGUUAUGAACGAGUUGGAACCCAGUCGAUGACUCAGUUGCAAAAUAAUAAAAUUUUGUUUUUUGUUUGUGUUUUUUUUGGGGGGGUUGGGUUAGAGGUAUGGUUAAAGUCUGGUUGAGGGAGAGGAACUGGGGAGGAGGGGAGUUUAAAUUUGGAGGGAAAAUGAAGAAAUAGGAAGUUACUUGAUAGCUGCUGCUGAUGUACAAAUAUAAUUUUUUUUAAAAAAAAUUGUUCAUCUUUUAGAAAGCUUUUGAUGCUGCGGAGGGGGGAUUUGUGGAAAAAGCCGCCUUUUUGGCGAGAAUGAUCUUCUUUCUGGGUUGGUUUUGUAAGUAGUAUAGGAGUAAGUAAUGGUGGGGAGGCAUUGUUUGGAUCACGUGCUAUGUCAGCUGCAUUAGAGAGGUGUUAGUCUGAUAUAAGCCGUGUGUGUUUGUGGGUGGUUUGGACUUUGGGGUGGUAGUGUAAAAAUAUUAAAGUUGGAAUUUAGGGAAGAAGAAAAUUGGAAGGGCCAGAUGGCAAACUGUAUUUUUGCGUUUUGAUGGAAUUCGUGGUUCAUGUGACUGUACGUAAGAUGAUAUCGAGCUCCACGCCGCACCGCAAACGCAAACGCAAACCUAGCAAUAUAACCCUUGAUUGGUAAUUGGUUGGCUGCGUUCCAACGAGCCAUAUGGCUAAGUUGGUUGGUGGCAUUCUGAGUCUCGUUUGAACCUUCGGGCGCACCGCACUAACCGUAUUUCUGGGCUUUUUUUAAGGGUUGUGAUGGGUUUGGGUUAAAUUGGGUUUUAGGGUUGGACUGAAUGGUUCAUCACGUGAUAAAUGUAUUAUUAUUGUCUAAAUUUGGGUGAACUGGGUUAAUAAUUAAUAGUAAUACUGCCCCGAUUCCGGUGGUCCUCUCGCCUUUUUACAUCACUCCAACAAGAUGAUUAUCAUAUUCAUAUGAUGAUGAUAUGGUCGUAGCCUGAUUAAUUUUCACGAAUGAUGUGGGAGUCGCAGUCUAAGUAGGGGCCCCAAUGGCCUCUUAUUUCUUUUCUUUUUUUUUUUUCACGUCUUCUACUAGGACUAAAGUAGUAAUAAUGGUGACCUUUGUUGUCUUUUGUGGUUGUGCUCUUACAGCUCAGCUUUUUCGAGGUUGCCUUGUGUUGGACUUGGACAUGGCCAUUUUGAUGAUUCAUGAUUGCUGAAAGCAGCUCAGCCUACCACCACAAAAUGAGUGUUGCAACAAAAGAAUAAAAAAAGCCUCAUGUUAAGCACGAGGGCAAAUAUGAGAAAUAACAAUAACAGGCAGAUGCUGCUCUGGAACUUAUUUUCCACUCCCACCGAACAAUCUUGUGCUGGGCCUGCCUAAGAUUUUGCUGGUUUUAUUAUUGGAUCAUUUUGGUCCAGAUGAAUUAACAGACUCAUUUCUCAUCUUAAAAAUCCCUAUGAAACUGUUACAUACUAGGACUAGACUUCUGGUAUAACAUUAGUGGACAUUAUGACAUUGUAGGAAGGCCUAUGAUUUUAACCAAGC